AUUGCGAUUUGUUUCCUGUGUUACGACCUUGUUUACUUGUCGAGGCAAAGCCUUUGUAGUGGAAUUUUUAAUAGAUGCACACACACACACACACACACGCGCGCGCACACAUACAUACAUACAUACAUACAUAUUAAUGCUUCCUGUUUGAGCAUGAAGGUGGAGGAAAAUGUUUUGGAAGAAACAAGAUGGCGCUUGUUGAGGAUUUCUGUUUAGGGAUCUGUUUUAAGGUGUUUUUUUAAUGGAAGUCGACCGCUAGUUAAAAUCACCCAGCAAGUAACAAUAGCUAUCUAACUGAUUACUGCGUUUCAGUGGGAUUUCUCGCCUGAGGUUUUAUUUUUUGUUGUUUUUGGAUCACUUGCUGCAUCAUGAUGGAUGAGGCGUCGCCAGCGUCUCUGACCGACAUGUGCCUGUCACUGGUGAGCUCCAGACUGGAGUGGUUCUGUGUAAAGCAAGCCGAUGGUUCCCUUUGUCUUCGUGAUCUUGUGGUCUUCCCUCAGGAGCUGGCUGACCAGCUGCUCUGCAAAAUGGCCACAGAGGGCCUGCUAAACGACAGCACGGUGGGGAUUUUCCGUAACAACCGCCAGCUCCGGCUCCGUCGCGCCUGCAUCCGUACAGGCCGCAUCUCCGCGAAGGCUUUUGAGCGUGCUCUCUGCCUGCACCGGCUGCUGGAGCUCGAUGCCUCACGUGUCAAUGCAGACCUUACCAUCACCGACAUCUUGCGCUGCCUGUCAGCCAGCAAGGUGGCACGCGAGAGCUUACAGAGGCUCGUGCUAAACGGCCUGAGCAUGUCCUCUCUGGAGGAGUCGAGCAGCCGGUGCUUCAGCUCGCUGCAGGGACUCCGAGCGCUCAGCGUGUCCAACGUGGACUUCUACGACUCAGGGUUGGUUGACGUGUGCUCACUGCCCCGUCUAGAGAGCCUGGACAUCUCUAACACAUCGGUAACCAACCUGACACCACUGCUGAACUGCAAGGACAGGCUGCGCUACCUCACCAUGCACCAGCUCAAACGGCUGGAGAUGAGCUCCAAACAACUCUUGCUGGUCCUUAGUCAGCUGGAGGGCCUGCAGCAUCUGGACAUUUCAGAUGAUAAGCAGUUCAUGUCAGAUGUGGCCUGGCAGCUUCUGGAAACACCAGGCAUCCUGCCUGCACUGGUGUCUCUGGACCUGUCAGGCCGGAAGCAGGUGACCGAUACAGCCGUCCGGGGUUUUGUCGAGGAGCGGCCUGGAAUGACAUUCGUUGGCUUGCUGGCAACUGAUGCUGGGUUCUCUGAGUUUCUGUCUGGAGAGGGGACUUUAAAGGUGACCGGAGAGGCCAAUGAGACUCAGAUCUGCGAAGCUCUUAGGCGCUACACUGAGCGGGAGGGCUUCGUUAGGGAAGCACUCUUCCAUCUUUUCAGCCUCACACACGUGAUGGAGAAAGCUCGUCCUGACAUUCUCAAACUGGUAGCAUUAGGGAUGAAGAACCACCCCACUACUCUGAACGUGCAGCUGGCAGCCAGCGCCUGCGUCUUCAACCUCACCAAACAGGACCUGGCGUUCGGAAUGCCCGUACGCCUUUUGGGUCAAGUUACACAGCUGCUGCUAGAGGCCAUGAAGACUUUCCCCAACCACCAGCAGCUGCAGAAGAACUGCCUGCUGUCUCUGUGUAGUGACCGGAUUCUGCAGGAAGUUCCUUUCAACAGGUUUGAAGCUGCUAAGCUGGUCAUGCAGUGGUUAUGUAACCAUGAAGAUCAAAAUAUGCAGAGGAUGGCUGUGGCAAUCAUCUCCAUCCUGGCUGCUAAGCUGUCUACUGAGCAAACUGCACAGUUAGGAGCAGAGCUGUAUAUAGUGAAGCAACUCCUGCACAUUGUGCGUCAGAAGACGUCUCAGGGCACAGUGGACGCCACACUGAAGUUCACACUGAGCGCUCUGUGGAACCUAACAGACGAGUCGCCUACUACAUGCCGACAUUUUAUAGAGAAUCAGGGCCUUGAGCUUUUUAUUCGAGUGCUGGAGUCCUUCCCUUCUGAGUCUUCCAUCCAGCAGAAGGUCCUAGGCUUACUGAACAACAUAGCCGAAGUGGGCGAGCUGCAUGCAGAGCUGAUGGUACAGGGCUUCCUGGAUCAUAUCAGGUCCCUGUUGCACAGUCCUGAAGUAGAGGUGAGCUACUUCGCUGCAGGGAUCCUCGCCCACCUCACUUCCCGGGGCGAGACCAUGUGGACCCUCGACCUGUCCCUCAGGUCUACACUGCUGGAGCAGCUGCACUCAGCAAUCCUGAAGUGGCCCACACCUGAAUGUGAAAUGGUGGCCUACAGAUCAUUUAACCCUUUCUUCCCCUUGCUGGGCUGCUUCCAGACUCCUGGGGUCCAGCUGUGGGCAGCCUGGGCCAUGCAGCAUGUGUGUAGCAAGAACGCUGCACGCUACUGUAGCAUGCUGUUAGAAGAAGGAGGACUGCGACAUCUGGAAGCCGUGAAUUCACAUCCUGAAACGCAUUGCGACGUAAGACGAUUAGCUGAGAGGAUUCUGGACAGCCUUCAUCGCUACAGAGCACGUACGGGCCACACGGGAGUGACGCAAGCGCACACACACAGAGAGAGAGACGUUCCAUGAGAUGGGUAUCUGGUGACGAGUCUCUGGAUGACGCAUGGUGUACUACCUGGAAACUGUUUGUGUGUACUGUAUUUGUCUGUGUCCUCAUAUGGCUUGUUUAAUUACAUUCUCCUGGCCCAUGUGUGCUCACUUCCAACAACAAAUCAGAGCACUACUCAGUGGGAGAAACCUAACAAGCGUUCAUUUGCACAAAGCGAAUUAUUUAAUUCUCAGUUUCGAAAUUAGAAUGUCUGUUUAUUUUAUCAUCUCUGUUGCUUGGGGGGAAAUACUGGGUGAAGGCGGGCAAAAAUGAAAGAGAAUAGCAUGGCAGCAUGUGUGCAUGUGCUGAGAGAGCAUGCUUUAUGUUUUUGGGAUUUUCAAUGUGUGCGGUGGAAUGGAUUCAAAUUCAGUUUCGACUGACUGUGGACACGUUGCAAUAAAUAUUACAAAUUUCUGAAAUCUCCAGUGUA